AUGCCGCCACAAGGCGACGUCACGCUCCCCGCGACCAAGAGAGCGCGCAAGUCGCUGAGCGGUCUUGAACCGUCCAGAAAGGCUGGAGAAAAGGAAAAUGCUACGGUCGACGUGUCGGCGGCAUCACUGGCCGCGAAUCGCAAAAAGUCGCGGAGCAAGAGCAUAGGGCCUGGUGGCCUAGACGCGCUCAAACCUGCGAAUGGAAACAGGAGACAGUCUAUAGCUGCACCUCUGCCAAGAUCAAUCCUCAAACCGACCAUCCCUAUCUUGCCCGAAAUACCACCACAUAAACCGAAGCAGGCCACUAGUAGGAAUGAAGGCGACUCCACCAAGGUCGCCUUGCGGACAGAGGAGGAGCAGCAAGCCGCAGCGCGCGAGCGUGAGGAGAGGGAGAGGGUGGCCCUUGAAAAGGAAAUCAAGGACAGACGAGAAGCCCGACGCAAGUCACUGGCCAACAGGCGUGUAUCGUUUGCGGCUGAAGCUACGUUGCACACAUUCCACGAGAUUGAGUACCUCCAAGAUUCGACCACAUCAACGGAUUCUACGAGACGCGCUUCAUCACGUGCGGCUCCAUCUCCGGCGCCGCAGGUAUCACAGCCCGAGUCGGACCCAGCAGAGCCGCCCUCAACCCCACCUGAACAUAUAGAUGAUAUGGUCCCAGACUCUCCGGCAGAUCAGAGGGAUCUCCACCAAAAGAAACGGAGACGGAGUUCAGGAAUCUCGCCUUUGGACGAGCAUGACGAAACUAUGGGCUCCACGGUGUACGAUUCGGACUCGGACAACGGCGACGAUAUCAUUGAAGACCCAGAUGAGGCGGAGUCUGACUCGGACGCUGGUGACGGCACGAUGAUGACGCUGGAUGCCGACGAGGUGACCACAGCUUCUGCUGUAUCUGCGGGUUCCAUGUCUAUGAUGAGCAGCGAUUCCACGGCCAGUAUCGACGAGAUGCUACGACUAGCCACGCAGCGAGCAGGUGUCCGUUCGGCUGCAAAUGAGGAUGAGGAGGUAAUUCCUGCCUUUGUUGGCUGGGGCAAGAAGGCCGCCUCGGGCAGUGGAAUGCAGGAGGACCAGGAGAUUUUCUCAAGUCCUGUACGAUCAGUUGUGGACGAGGACGACGGCAUGGAUAUGGAGGAGACGCAUGCUAUGGGAGGGAUCCUCACAGCGGCAGAUGCCGAUGAGACCAUGGCCAGCGAAAGCGGGAUGGAUAUGUCAAUGGACAUGACACACGCCCUUGGAGGGAUCAUGGCACAGAAGAGAGCAGCCCAGAGGGAGGCGACCAUGUGCGUGGACCAGACUAUGGAUUUCACCACUCCAAUGGGUGGGAUCCAAUCUGCAGCCGGAGACGAUGACGAACAAGAAGACAGCGAAGGCUACGAGGAUAUGUCAAUGGAGCUGACCACCGUCAUGGGUGGUGUUUGGUCGACAGGAGCUGCUAAGGGCGGCAAGCCUGGAGCGCGGCGCCGGACAACAACGAUGCGCCCCGAUGAUAUAGAUGCAGAGCCAACUGUCGGCAUGGACAUGACAGUGGGAUUAGGCAAAAUCAUCUCUACCGAUAAGGAUACUGAGAGUGACGGGGAGAUGGACAUGACUGCGGGCAUGGACAUGUCUCCUGUGUCACUAGGUGGAAUCCUCGCAUCGGUCACUCGUCCAGUGGAUGAAAACGACAAAACGCCUCAGGGGUCUCGCUCAUCACUAGAGAAGGCGCCUUCGGUAAACGGCAGGCAAUCGUCGCCGUCCAGGCCAUCCUCGUCAAUCAAGAACUCUUUGACAUCGACUUUAAACCGUAACCCUUUAUCCAACUGUUCACCAAGCCGCUCACCUGAGCGUUCAGCAUUCAAGGGCAGUGAACUCCGCAGGUCACCAGAUCGUCCAUUUUCUCCGGUUCGCAAGUCUCCAGCUCGAAACUCUCCCGCAAAACCAUCGAUUCAACCCGCCAAAUCUCCCGAGCGGCCACGCACGCCGUCGCGGUCUUCACCAUCUAGAUUCAUUGCUAGUGGAUCCAAGUCGCCGGUGCGUUCAGCUGGUCAAAAGAAUAAGCAGACCCCUGUGUCGCCAGCAAAGCAAAAGUCCCCUACCAGGUCUCUUUUUCAACAGGAUCCCGCGACAGGGGCAACAACUCCCCUUGUAGCCCUGACACCUCAGAGGCGACGACUCUCUGGUGUCGGUGCUGACCGCUCGGGGCUGGGUUCUCCGAGGGUUGCGGAGCUUCUCGAACGCCGAGCAUCUAUUGGCGAGGCAGCAAAAGAGUUCUCGCCUAGUAGAAAUCUGGAGCUUGGUCGCCGGGGUGUCAAGUGGGAUGACCCGCGCAUGAUGGAGCAAGAAAUCGACCGCCAAAGGCAACAAGAAAUGGACAAGGAAGAUGGCCGUAAGAUCAUGGAGCGGGAGGCCGACGAGCGAGACGUCACCCUGAAUCUUAGAGAGAUGAUUCAGGGACUCAGCCCCAAGAAGAAUCCUCUCCGUGGUCGCAAGAGCUUACACGUUGGCAGUGCCAAGGGCUUGCUGGGAAAGCGUCCUUCCGAGCUGGAUGAUGGGGGGGAGGAGGAGCAGGAUGGAGUGAAGAGACUAAAGAACCACCAAGGGAGUCCAGUCAAAAGUAUCAAACUGCAGCAGCCUCCAUCCAAAGAGGAGACCACGGGACGACUUUCAAAGUUCAGUAGGAGCCAAGACUCAACCAAGCAAUCUCUGGAAGUUUCUACACCAACAUCUCCUAUCAAGAUCUCUAGGACCGCACCAAGCCCGAGACGUUUAAGUCAUUUUAGGGACGUUGAGAACGAUGGCGCAAUAGAUCUCGGCAGAGGCGAGGGCGUUGAUGCCGAGGAUCUGGACGACGACGACGACGACGACGAAGAACGUAUCAGUCUUCAGGACUUCCUCAACAUGACCAGCAUUCGCUUCAUGGAACUGACGACCACAAAACGCCGACACACCGUCGCACCACAGGCCAAGAAUAACUCUGAAAGUGACGGCAAGGAUGACAUGUCAUUUGAGCGCUGCGUCGUGGCCGGCGCCUGUACGGUGCCGAUGCUAGAGCUGUAUCAACACUCCUGCCGCGAGCUGAAGAAGUACAUCUCGGAGGGUCGUGACAUCGUCAGGGAGAUCGAGAGCGAGACGCUCGCUGACAACCCGCCUCUGUUCCGAGAGUAUAUGUCAGCCAGCCCGGACUUCAGAGUUCUGAUGGAUAACCAAUUCAAGAAUGUCAAGCUGCAUGCUCGCCUCCUCAGCAAGGCCAUGUGGUACGAAUGGCGAAUGAAGCUACAAGAAGGUCUCAAAGAAGGCUUAGAGAAGACGGCCGAGGGCAUGGCUCAAGAUGAACAGAUCCUGAAGAAGAAGCAGGCUCUCAUAGACUCUGUCCUUCCUGGACUCGUCAAAAAAUUUGCUCAACUCGAAAAGGAGCACAACCUACUCGACGAGGCGGUGCGUGAGCUGGCAGAUUGCGAUCCCGACGAGUUGCAAGCUGCGCGGGACGAGCUGCUUGCUGCCACCCAAGACAUCGACUUGAAGAAGCAGCAGAUUGCAGAACUCGAGCAGGACCUUCAUCAGUCCGAAGAAGCUAUUGGGGAGCUGGGGACAAAGAAGCAGCUAUGUCUGGACGAGAUCCGUGAAGCUGAACGUGUGAGAGAGGAAUGCAGAGGCUGGAGACCUGACGAGAUUAUGGAUCUUAAAGCACGCGUCGAGGCCAUCGAGAAAGAGCACGGCUGGACAGUCACGGGCUGCUCCGGUACGACUGUCUCAAUGACCUACAACCGCGAGGUUGAGCUGGUCUUCGAUCCCACCAGCUUCGCUACCCCGGACAGCGCGGCCAGGAAGCAGCCAACCAACAUCGACCUCUGGUACAUCGCAGCCAACCGCGAACGCGAUCCCGUACCCAUCACUACCGAGCUCGAAUUCUUCCUUCAGUGCAUCCGCGAUCAGGUCAGGGGUCUGGACCAGCCGCGCACCUCGCUGCGCCACAUGCUCGACGUGGUGGGCGCCGGCUGGCUUGAGGCCAAGAAGGUCUCUGCCAAUAUCAGGAGCAUAAACUGCACCUUCCCAACCAGGGUCUCACGGACUUCUGACACAUCCAUGGUCGUCAAGGCGACUUUGCUGCUGGCGGGGCUGAAGACCAAGGUCGAGGUUCUCAUCGAUCUGAGUGGCCAGAGUGUGGGUGGUACGGUUGUUAAGCCGCGAGCAAGGGUCGUCUACGGACAGCGUUUCAACGAGGACCGGAUGGCAGACUUCUUGAGCAAGGAGAUUGGCGACAAGGUAGGCAAGGGACAAGUGUGGGGAGAUGUCAUUGUCGAACUGUACGCGAAGCUUUUGUCUGGGGCCAACAAGCAAUGAUGGAAUUUUGUGUGAUGUUUGGGUAAUGGGUGUUUGCAAAGGGUCUUUUCUUUUCUGGAGGGUAUGUUUGUUUUACUGGCGUUGAGGGAUAAUGCGCGGGAUGGAACACCGAGGAUGAAGG